AUGGACGUGGACGUUGGUGUGGAGCAGGUGCAAUAUAAUAAAGAGGAGGAUGGACAAGCUUUACACGAGCGAAGCACAAAGAACGAUGGCUCAAGAGGGCUGGAGGCAGGACUCGGGACAAUCAACUAUCAGACGUCAGCAGACGAAAUCAAGCGAGCCACUGGACUGUCUUCAGAAAUUCAUAAGCACAAAAUCCCAGAUCAACACGAACUGGCGCAUAACAGCCCGCAGAGACAGGAUGGCCCAUCGCAAUUAUCAGGGCCUCCAUCGGAGCAGGCUAGCGCCGGCGGUGAAGCAAGCGAGCCAUUAACGAAUGAGAUAAUUCCAGUUGAGAAUCAUAGCUCGCAAUUCAUUCAGGGAGCCGAGGAUGGGGACGAAUUAGGGAACAAGCGAAAUGCAGUCAUGACCGAACACGAAGCCUCUCCUACCAACAGCACACAUGGAUCACUCAACCCGGUCUCGGAACCUAUCUAUGACGGAACUGACGACGUAUCUGACGACGAUAGCACAACAGGCAAGAAUAGUGGUAUCGCCGACCAGAUGGGCAGCACGCGUCACGCGGGAGACGAGUAUAGUUCAGCUGUGCGAGAUCAGGAAGAGGCAUUUGGAGCGACUCAAGCCAGCGCGCCUUUCAAAUUUGAGGGAUUGCGGACCAGAGGGGACAACACAGCGAGCGUUCAGGGCCGUACAAGCAGGAAGAAGAUAUAUAAUGACACGAGGGCUGGGAGAAACACCAGAAGACUCAGGACGAGGGGCGGCGGUAGUGGAGAAAUAGCAGAUCCCCAAAGAAAGCACAAGGAUGCUUCGCACCUACAAAGCACACAGAUGGAAUUAGACGAGGGUGUAGAGAAGGUGCAAGAUCUUCAAACGGAACAGGUACAAAUUGUACCCGAGGAAAGCAGGAACAAUGAUCGCUUAAGAGGCUUGGAGACGGGGCUCGUUACAAUCAGCAAUCAAAGCUUAACAGAGACAACUAUGCGAGCCACUCGCCUAUCCUUAGAAAUGGAUAACCACAAAAGAUCAGAUCAGCAGGACGUUAUACUGAAUAGCCCGCAGAGACAGGAUCAUACAUCGAAAUUAGCAGAGCCCCAAUCCGAGCAGCCUAGCGUCCACCGGGAAGCAAUCGAACCAUUAAUAAAGGGGAAAAUUCUCGUUGACAACCUUAGCCCGCAACCCAUUCAGGGAGCGAAGGACGGGGACGAAUUAGAAUACGCAGAACCCAUUGACGCCGAAGAUGAGGCCUUUCCUACCAACAGUACAGAUGGAGCAGUCAUAUCGGCCUCGAAACCCAUGUUUGAGCCAUCUGACAACGAUAGUACAAUGGGGGGCGAGAAUAGUGAUACCCCUGAUAGUAUGGUUGAUCUCGAUAUCGAUUGGCAGAGACCCUCAAGCGAGGCUGCCAUAAUCACGGAUGAAGGCCAGCCUUCCACAGAGGAACGCUCAGUGCCGCAGAACAAGAUCAUGUCACAAGAGUUAGGCUGCAGGCCUGACCCCACAAUGGCGGACUCCAAUGAAACUGGCUCGGAGUUGGGCGAGAGGACAAUUCAGCCUUUAGCCCCUGAUGAACACAAUGAGCAGUGUCAACCGCAAACCUCAUAUUAUAAAGUACAGUCUAGUGAGCUCCCAACACCUCCUGAGGCGAACAGAGCAAGUGGUAUGGUGGUCGUACUGUUUCAGAACGAGACUAUCCAAAGCGCGCAAUCCGACUUUGACGUGUUAGACCCGCCGCAGACCGAGAGCGGAUUGGCUGGGGUCCCUGCGUCCAGAAGUACAAAGCCCUCGAACCAGGAGACACCAGAUAACCGCCCUGCCUCGCCAUUAGAGGAAGACGAAGGUAUGCACUCCGGGGAAGAUAUACCCAACCCUCCGGUCUCCCAAAAUAACGACACUGGCGAGCCAGGAGAACUUAGCCAUGAGCCUAUGCAAGGACUCCAGACCGGGACCGAUCGGAGGAUUGAGAUGGAGCAUGAAGGCUGUACCUAUGACGAAGUCGAAUGUGGACAGAAAGGGAGGGCGAGUAGUUCGAGAUUCACAAGCCGCAAAGCGACGGUCUCAAAGGCUCGCAAAGAUGUUGCAAGAGUAACUGGUGCAAGAGUAACCAGGUCUCAGGCGGUACAGAAAAGAACAACACAUCUAGCCAAUGCUGUUCAACGUGUGUUAUCACAACAUACCCAGAGAAGUCAGGAUAGCAGAGGUGGGGAUAGCUCGACCCCAGUCCCGGAGAUGCGGGCGGGCAUUGACCCAACCAUGGAUGAUAGUGACAUGGAAGUACUUGAUGGGACAGAAGCCUCCGAACGACACCAAGAAAUGGCGCUGGUCAUGCGUACUUCAACGGGAGGGUCAAUCGAAAGACCUCCAAACGAGGUCUCGUCGGGUUCAGGCCGAGAAGUGAGGAUAAUCGCAAGCCCGAUGAAGACGGCGGGGCACACAUCAGAAAUCGCUAGUCCCUCGUUAGACACGGCCCACAGUAUGGGAGUAUAUGAACGACCGAUAUCACCUUUCAAAGAGCUCUCAAGCGCUACGCAGGAUGAUUGCGGCAUUUUCGCAGUCAAUGAGACGAUGGUUACUCAAGAAGGAGGCUGGUUAAGCACAACGCCACCAGCACAUCUUCAGGGACAUAUUCUAGCUGAGAGAGACGCUGGUAUAGCAGACCAUACGGCCCAACUCGAACUGGCCGUUCGGAAUAUGAGUGACGAACUUGUAGAGAAGAACCGGGAGCUUGCAGACAAGGAUUGGGCACUUGCAGAGAAGGAUCGAGCAGUUGCAGAGAAGGGAAAGGCACUAGAAGAGAAGAAUCGGGCGCUAGAUAUCGAACGGCACCGCGCGGACAGCUUGAGUGAUACGCAGAAUAAGCUACAACAGAUGCUGAGCCAGUUGCAUGAAAAAGCCGAAAACGCACGACAAUGCGAGCAAAUGGCAACUGACAAAGCAUCCUGUCUCGAGACCCAACUAAAACAGCUACAAGAGCAUGCUCAGCGGGAUCUUGAUGUUAUGAGGAGUAAACUGGAGAGUGACAUGAAGGAAACAUUGGAUUCGCGUGAAACCAAGCACAAGGAAGACCUUGGCAAUAUCGAAGCGGAUUGGAAAGGAAAGCUCUGCGAGACGAGCUUCUACAACAUUCAAGCGGCUUUACUAGCAACGGAGAUCAUAACAAAACUCAUAUCAGACGUUCGUCGCCUUGAAAAGGAAAAGAGUGAAGCCAGAAAGAGGUCCGAUACGCGAAUAACGGAACUAAAACGGGAGCACAGCGAUGCUCAAGCGAAGUUAGUCCACAAUAUUGGACUUGAGGUUAAACGCCUUUAUCCGUACAUUAAGUCAAAACUAGACACGUCGCAGGAAAUCUGCAAGAUUCUGAAAGAAGAGAGCUCAAGACACAGGAAUAUGCUACGAGAGAUCGCUGGCAAUAGCCUAGAUAAAGUGGAAUUACAUGCAAGAGAUGGAGACGAACUCGUAGCGCGAGUCAUGGUGUCUCUUCGAAACAUGCAAGAUAGCGUUCGCGCUGCUACUGAGGCGACCGCCCAUGGUAGACUGGAAGAGCACGUGCGCGAAAUUACAAGGCUGACUAAUAACGAACAGAAGCUUCUGGACGAGGUUGAAAAGCUCCGUAGAGAGCAGGCCUCCACUUCAAAACUGGAAAGCCAGUACCAAGCAAAAUUAGAGGAACUGGACAAUGAUCGGCAGCAGCUCCUCCUAGAAAGAAAUAACGCAAAGAGCUCUCUAGACACUAUCUUUGACCAACUGGACAUAGAUUUGUCUUGUAGGGACUCUACUGGGGAGGAAGAUGCAGCUGCCCUUGUUGCAUCGCGGGUCAAUGAAAUUCAACACCAGUGCGCUGUGUCAAUACAGGGUGAGCUUGGAACAGUAGAAAGCUCUCUUGAUGACAUUAUUGCUCGGCAUAAACCAGUCUCAUCUACAAUCGAGAUAGCAAACGAAGAUCGCACUCCUAGGGAUCGCUUGGCUAAUCGCGUGAUUCAGAUCGGCACAAUAUGUGACGAGCUCAAACUGAGUAAGGAGAUACUUGCAGAAGAGUGCAAAGGUUUGACAGAGGCCAGCAAGAGCGUCCAGCGAGAUGAAGUGAGUCAAGCUGCGCAGGAAGGAAGAAAAGAAGUCCUUCACAACAUUCAGCAACAGGUCUCAAAACAUGCCGCACAUGCGAUUUGCGCCGGCCGGUUUGAUAACGAAGAAGAAAUUAUUCAGCACUUGAUCAAAACAGACCAUAACCUUCAAGAGGAGAUCUGGCAUGUGGAUGAGUUCCUCGAUAACGUGCUCACGGGGGCGGGCGUGGAGCAAUAUAUUGUUCGUGAUAUUGCGACUCUAGGAACUAGGAAAAUGUACGAUCGUUUGUGCCAGUCAAACAAGGAACACGAUACUAUAAAGCGGCCUCAAAACACAAAGGAAAUUUACGAGUUGAGUCCUACCAACAACGAACAGCAUUGUAAGGAUGUACGCUUGGCGCCAAUAGAAAGUGAGGCAGAGAGUACCUCCAUGCACCAAUCAGAGGAAGUCGCGAGGUCCAGGGAGCCGUCCUGUGAGAUCAAUGUAGCGUCGAACGAGCACGACCAGGAACCGGAAGACACAUGUAUAUUGUCCUGGGCAGGUGCAUGUAAUGAAGAGGAGUCAAUUGACAGCAAAGACUUGGCGGGAGACAACACUCGCGCCGAAGCGAUUCUCGCCGAUGUUGGAACUCUCAAAGCCAACUUCAACAUCAGAGAGGCCGGGAAAGCCGAUGUCGAAACCAUAAUGGCAAUAGAGUUAUCAACAGAGGAGAUACGCGACCUCCGAUCAGCAGUAUGCAAGUGGCUAUCCGAGUGGCUAUCCGAGUGGAGAGUGCUCGUCGCUGCUAAAGUCUGUGUUGCACCCCCGGCAGGCUGCGAGAAGAAAAAGGAGGGUUAUCACCCAGCCGCCAUUUCGUCCCUCGGUCGUGAAUGA